UCUUCUUCAUCACAACCCAAAACACUUUGAUUUACAGAGAGAUAUUCAAUAUCCCAUUCACUACUCAGUAUCAGUUCUUUUACUGUUGAUUGUUGUUUGAGUUUUGGAGGAAGAAAAUUAAGAAGAUGAGUCAUAUGGGGAAAGCUUGGAUAGUGGCAGCAAGCGUGGGAGCAGUGGAGGCACUCAAGGAUCAGGGCUUCUGCAGAUGGAAUUACACUAUGAGGUCUAUUCACCAGCAUGCCAGGAACAGCCUCAGGUCUUUUUCUCAGGUCAAGAAGCUCUCUUCCUCUUCCGCCAUGGUUUCUAGCAGAGUGAGAGACGAGAAAGCAAAGCAAUCAGAGGAGUCUCUGAGGACUGUCAUGUACCUGAGCUGCUGGGGACCCAACUGAGGAAGCAGAUCUGGAUAUGAAGAUGAUGAUCAUCCUACCACUGAAUCUUCCAUGGAGGGCAUAUCCCAAGAAAGUGAUAAGAACAAUCUUAGGCCCCUCUCUCAAGCUAGGAGCCUCUCUUCUUCUUCUUCCUAUAAGAUGGGUGUGAAGAGUAGUGGGGAAGAUGAGAAAAGGAAGAAGAAGACACAGAAAACAUUGGGGAAAGUCAUGCACUAGAGCUCCUGGGUCCCCAGUGGAGCAAUGGAUACAGAUUUUGCGGUGCAAUAUAAGAGUAAAAAUUUUGUAGACAACUGCAGAAAGAUGUGAUGAUCUUCAUGCGUACUUCAAAAAAAUGAAAUCAGAUAUCAGAUUUAUUAUCAUAA